CUGCGGAGUACGCUUGCAAAGAAUUAUCUAUUAUUAUUGAGGUCCGAUUGAAGAGGAAUUGUCCUCUGUGCUCACAUCCAGCGUCAACUUUUGCAUAGCUUGGGAACUUGCCAGCCUUCCGAGGAACCAUCACUCGGAUAUGGUAUGUACCGAAUACACUGCAUCACCAACGAAGUGCACAAGUACAACCACACUACCCGCCACUUCCGAUCAGCAGACAAGUUCUAUCUCACGCUCAUCCCUCUCUUCCUUUCCAGCAUCUCUCCAUCCAUCCAUCCAUCCAUCUAUCGAUCCAAUAUAUCUCUCACCCCAAAAAAGAACUUUGAUCAUCCCAACCACUUACCCAUCCAGGCCAUCUCAUCCUCGCUUACACCUGCUGCGGCAUCCCAACAUCUAUCAUAUUUCCUUUUUCCGCCAUCAAUACCAUUCCCAUUCCCCUUCCAGAAACGGCAAUUACCUCUUCUCUUGCUCCCUCUCUCUCCACGGCACCCCAUAAUCUCCCCGAUUGGACAGCAGCUCGAUUUUCUCAUGUGCAACCUGAGAGGGGGGCGCCCAAAAGCAAUGCAUGUCAUGUCUUGGGGGUACAAGGUAUCACAACCGUUUUCCCGUCCGAGUUUGGCCGUCUUGUUCGUAGGUAACUAGACCUGUAUGUAUGGCGCUUGAGUGGCCACGCGGGACGGUCGCUGUCACAUGGCCGUCACCCCCCUCUCUAUCGAUUCACACUCCAGCAUAUCUCGUCCUUCGCA